AAGUAGUCUUUGAAUCUUUGUUCAUCAUGCAUCUACAGCUAUAUGGUCUAAAAUCUCAUUAAAACCAUUUGAAUCUUGUUUGAGUUUCUGUGUUGCAAUGGAGAAGAUAUCUGCUUCACGUCUUCUUCUUCUUCUUAUGUUAAUGUUUGUUUUGGAGUUGGAGAUUAAUUUGUGUGUCGCCAUAAAUGCAUCUUCUGGUUGUGUUGCUGCAGAGAGGAAAGCUCUCCUCAAGUUCAAAGCAAGUCUUGUCGAUCCUACGAACAGAUUGUCCUCGUGGAGGGACCUGAACUGUUGCACGUGGGAAGGUGUCACUUGCGACCAGGUUACCGGGCAUGUUAUCAAACUUGAUCUCAGGGGCAAUGUUAGUUUCGACGAUUACACGAAUAAGGCUAUUUUCGAUGACAGGUUAGUGGGUAAAAGUCUUGAUCCUUCUUUAAGGGAAUUGAAGUAUCUCAAUUAUUUGGACUUGAGUCAGAAUAAGUUUCAAGGAAGUAGAAUUCCUGAAUUUUUAGGAUCAAUGACUGAGUUGCAGUAUCUUAACCUCUCUGGGUGUUCUCUUGAUGGUGUUGUCCCAGACCAUCUUGGCAAUCUGUCAAAGUUGCGUAGGCUUGAUCUCAACUAUAAUGAUGGCCUUAUAUCCAAUGAUAUCGGAUGGGUUUCCAACUUUUCAUCGUUGGAAUAUCUUGAUUUGAGUUGGGUUAACCUUUCCCAAACUAAUGAUUUAGUUAAGGUACUCAACGUGCUACCUUCUUUGUCUGUGCUGCGCUUGUCACGGAGUUCACUUAACAAUCACUUAUCCCAUUCUUGUUUAAAUUCUUCAUUUCUUUCACAUGUCUAUCGCUUGGAUCUUAGUUCGAACAGAUUUCACGGAGAAGUUCCUUGCUUUAUCUCGAAUAUGACUUCUCUGAGGAUUCUUGGUCUUUCAAACAAUGUAUACAACACUUCACACUUGCAAUUUUUAAAAUUAAGAAACCUUGUUCAUCUCAACCUUGGUUGGAACCAAUUUGAAUAUGAGUCAGAUUGGAUCUCCCAACUCUUAGGUGAUAAUUGCCGCUUGGAAUCAUUGUCUCUGUCUUAUAAUCACUUUCAUGGGGAGAUCUCAUCAGUUUUCAACAAUAUUUCUGGGUGUUGGAGUCAAAAUUUGAAGAGCCUAGAAUUGUCAGGAAACAACUUCAAAGGUGGUUUACCGAAUGAUUUGGACAAAGUCAAACGAUUAACAUUUCUUCGUUUUUCUUUUUCCAAUAUAAGUGGUGAAAUUCCUGAAUCUCUUGGAAACUUGUCGGGUUUGGAAGAGUUGGAUAUCUCUUUUAACAAGUUAGUGGGUCUCAUUCCAUCAUCCUUUAGAAAGUUGAAAGCAUUGAGAUGGUUGAGUCUCUUUUCUAAUCAAUUAAGUGGUGAAAUUCCUGAAUCUCUUGGAAACUUGUCGGGUUUGGAAGAGUUGGAUAUCUCUUUUAACAAGUUAGUGGGUCUCAUUCCAUCAUCCUUUAGAAAGUUGAAAGCAUUGAGAUGGUUGCGUCUCUCUUCUAAUCAAUUAAGUGGUCAAAUUCCUGAAUCUCUUGGAAACUUGUCGGGUUUGGAAGUGUUGGAUAUCUCUUUUAACAAGUUAGUGGGUCUCAUUCCAUCAUCCUUUAGAAAGUUGAAAGCAUUGAGAUGGUUGAGUCUCUCUUCUAAUCAAUUAAGUGGUGAAAUUCCAAUAUUUUUGGGGCAACUAUCAAAUUUGGAGAGGCUGGGCAUUUCAGACAACUUGUUCAAUGGAACGAUUUCUGAGGUCCACUUCGACAAGCUCUCAAAAUUAAAAUACUUUGAUGUAUCCUCCAACUCGAUCAAUUUUAAGUUUGGACAUGGCUGGGUGCCCUCUUUUCAAUUAAAUUUUCUUUUCAUGGGAUCUUCCGAUAUUGGAGGUCAGUUUCCAUCAUGGCUUCAAUCCCAGAAGACACUAGUUUACCUUAAUUUAUCCAAUUGCGGCAUUUCAGGAACUCUACCGAGCGACAUUGGUUACAUGUUACCUCUUCUAAACACUUUAUUAAUGAGCCGAAACUCUAUUAAUGGCUCACUGCCUGAUUCAUUGUGCAAUAUGAGAUCUUUGCAGGUUAUAGAUCUCUCCAAUAAUAAUUUAUCUGGUAAUAUGUCGGAAUGUUGGCAAAAGUUUCAAGGCUUAAAGUUUUUGUCAUUGUCAUCCAAUGAGCUUUCAGGCACCAUUCCUAAAUCCAUUGGAGGUGCUGGCGGAUUGCAAUGGCUUUUGUUGAACAACAACAUGCUUUCAGGACCGAUUCCCUCCACUUUACAAAACUGUACUUAUUUAGAAGCUUUAGACGUUGGAGAAAAUAUGUUGUCCGGUAAAAUACCUGCAUGGAUCGGAAAUAUGCAACUUUCAUUGUUUAUUCUUAAGUUGAGGAAUAAUCAAUUUCAUGGGGAAAUUCCUCGGGCACUCUGUGAAGCUUCUCAACUUCAAGUGCUAGACCUCGGGAAUAACAAGUUGAGCGGAUACAUCCCGCACUGCUUUGGAAAUCUCUCAGGCAUGAUUGAAAUUAAGUAUCCACUUCUAACCAUGUAUUUUCAUAGCUUAUAUCAAGUGUUCAAAGGAUCAGUGAUGGAGUACUCUAGGAAUAUAGGAUAUCUUGUUAAUUUGGAUCUUUCAUGCAAUAAUCUUUCCGGGAAAAUUCCUUUAGAGAUGAUGAACCUUCGCAACUUGUAUGGCCUCAAUUUGUCACAUAAUUCAUUGGAUGGAGAAAUUCCAGCAAAGAUUGGAGAUAUGACGGCUUUGGAAUCUCUUGAUCUUUCGAGCAACAAUUUGUUUGGAAGAAUCCCAAAUAGUCUAUCAAAUCUCUAUUUUCUGAGCCACUUGAACGUAUCCAACAAUAAUUUAUCCGGACAGAUUCCCACAGGAAAGCAACUGCAAACUCUCGGAGACCAUGCAAGUUAUGAUGGCAAUCCUCAACUCUGUGGAGCUCCUCUGCAAAAGAGAUGUCCGGGAGAAAAUUCGCCGAAUGCUUCAAAUGUCAAAAAUCAUGUUGAACAAGAUGGAGACUCAAUGGAUAAAAUAUGGUUCUGUGCAUUUGUGGUGGGAGGAUUCGGCACUGGAUUUUGGGGCUUCGUUGGAUUGUUGGUAUUCAAAAGGAGCUUCAGACAAGCUUACUUUGGCUUUACAGAUGAGCUGGGGAACAAGAUUCUGCUUGCCACGGCAUUACUCCGUCGGAGAAUUUCAGGCGUGGCUUUUAGUUACAAGUACUCGAGACAAACAUUGGCUUGUUUGUAAUAGAUGAAAGUUGUAUAUUUGUCUUGAACUGAAGUUUUAUGUACAAUCAAUCACUAGUGAAGUAUGCAAGUAUUUUCACUGCAACAAGCAUUCCUUUUUACCCUACGAAAAUUGUGAAGAAGAGAAGCCGAGAGACACUUGAAAAUGCGGUCAAUGAUAAAAACUUUCUCAGUUUGGCGGCGGAAACGGAAGUGGCAAUGAGCUUCCAAAGGAUCGAACAUCUUGGCAAGAGUGAUGCAGUUCGAUCCAUUUACUGAGCGACAGAGCAAUUUGUUGUUACGUCUAAAUGAUUAUUUAUGGUUGGGGCUAUCUCUAUGUUGAGGAGAUUUCCUUAGGAUUCUUUAGAUUUGUGUUUUUGUAUAAUUCUUGAUGGAUUAAUAGUCUUUAUUUAAAUCUACGUUUAGCAAGUCAGUUUGAUUGUUUUUAUUAACAUUGUACAACCUUGAGAUAAUUCUUGAUUUUGUCAUAUUUUAUACCUUA